UGCUGCUGCUGCCGCUGCCUCCCUCCAUUAGAGGCACAAGAGGGGAAGCGGCCAGACGCUCGGGCUGCGGGCGAGGGAGAGAGCGAAGGCUUGGCGAGUACAUGUUACUAUGGCAAUGACUGCAGGGACUCCAACUUCCUUUCCCAUGAGCAACCACACCCGGGAGAGAGUGACCGUGGCCAAGCUCACACUGGAGAACUUUUAUAGUAACCUAAUUUUGCAGCAUGAAGAAAGAGAAACCAGGCAGAAGAAACUAGAAGUGGCCAUGGAGGAGGAAGGUUUAGCAGAUGAAGAGAAAAAGCUGCGAAGAUCUCAGCAUGCCCGCAAAGAAACCGAAUUUCUGCGGCUGAAGAGAACAAGGCUAGGCCUCGAUGACUUUGAAUCUUUGAAAGUUAUCGGAAGAGGUGCUUUUGGAGAGGUCCGCCUCGUUCAGAAGAAAGAUACGGGUCAUAUUUAUGCAAUGAAGAUACUAAGAAAAGCUGACAUGCUAGAGAAAGAGCAGGUGGCUCAUAUACGUGCAGAAAGAGAUAUACUGGUUGAAGCAGAUGGUGCCUGGGUGGUGAAGAUGUUUUAUAGUUUUCAAGACAAACGGAAUCUCUACCUGAUCAUGGAGUUUCUACCUGGAGGAGAUAUGAUGACCUUAUUAAUGAAGAAGGAUACUUUAUCGGAGGAAGAAACACAGUUUUACAUAUCUGAAACUGUGCUGGCCAUUGAUGCAAUUCACCAGCUCGGUUUUAUUCACAGAGAUAUUAAGCCAGAUAAUCUUCUCCUGGAUGCAAAGGGGCAUGUAAAACUUUCUGAUUUUGGACUCUGCACAGGUUUAAAGAAAGCUCACAGAACUGAAUUCUACAGAAAUCUUACACACAACCCACCAAGUGACUUCUCAUUUCAGAACAUGAACUCUAAAAGAAAAGCAGAAACAUGGAAAAAGAAUAGGCGACAACUGGCAUACUCUACUGUUGGGACCCCAGAUUAUAUUGCUCCAGAAGUUUUCAUGCAAACGGGGUACAACAAAUUAUGUGACUGGUGGUCUUUGGGAGUGAUUAUGUAUGAAAUGCUAAUAGGUUAUCCCCCUUUCUGCUCUGAAACACCUCAAGAAACAUAUAGGAAAGUUAUGAAUUGGAAAGAGACUCUAGUAUUUCCACCUGAGGUGCCCAUUUCAGAAAAAGCCAAGGACUUAAUUCUAAAAUUUUGCAUUGAUGCAGAAAACAGAAUUGGUAGCAGUGGAGUAGAAGAACUUAAGAGUCACCCAUUUUUUGAAGGUGUUGAUUGGGGACAUAUCAGAGAGAGGCCAGCUGCAAUCACUAUAGAAAUCAAAAGCAUUGAUGACACUUCCAAUUUUGAUGAAUUCCCAGAAUCCGAUAUUUUACAGCCAGUGCCAAACACCACAGAACCUGAUUACAAGUCCAAGGACUGGGUUUUUCUUAAUUAUACUUACAAAAGGUUUGAAGGGCUCACUCAGCGUGGCUCCAUCCCCUCGUACAUGAAUGCUGGAAAGUUGUGAAACACGGCAGAAAUAAAACAAAGAACUCAGGUAGCUGCUGCAUCACCAAGACCCGCUUGGCAUAGAUCUCAAUACACUGAAAUGGUCACAACGAUGGACUGAAACUAGGAAAUUCUACCGGAUUAGGAUUUCUAAGACUACUACAAGAAUUAGUUGGCAGUGCCAGCUGGCUUCUCUCUCUCUCUCUCUCACUUUUUUUUUAAUAGUGAAUAUUUUUGUUAACUUUAUUAUAACAAAGGUACUGGAAUAAAAAAGGAAUGGACAUCUUUGUAUCUG